AAACGAUACCAGUUCGUGACGCAUUCCAACUUCAAGAGUGGCUUAAAAUCUCUUUAAUUCCUGUGUAUAUCGUCCACAGCAGGUGUUAAGAUGUCCCGAUUUUUUGCUGGUGGUUCGGAUUCCGAUUCCGAUAGCUCGUCGGAAAGUGAGCCAGUGGUUCGUCAACCAGCGGCACAGUUUACAUUUAGCGAUGAUGAAGAGGACGUUAAACGCGUUGUGCGUUCGAAGAAGGAGAAACGUUACGAGGACCUCUCGAACAUUAUUAAGAGCAUACGGAACCACAAGAAGAUCAAAGACAUGUCGAGUGUUUUGACCAGCUUUGAGGAGUUUGUACGUGCCUACACUAAAGCCCUACCGGUUGUAAUGAAGGAGGAGAAUGGCGUUACUCCUCGCAUUGUCGUUCGGGCCCUCGCCGAGUUGGAAGAUUUUAUCAAUGACAGCUGGGACGACAAGGACAAUCGCAAGAGUCUGUCAAAGAAUAACAACAAGGCACUCGGUACGCUGCGUCAAAAGUUCCGCAAGUACAUCAAAGAUUUCGAGUCUGAUAUGACCCGGUUCCGUGCGGCCCCGGAGGAUUUCGCGGAAGAAGACGAAGAUGACGAGCGCGACGAGGAGAAAGAUUCUGAAAGCGAGGACGAAAAGAUAGAGCAAGCUCCAGUUCCGAAGGCCGUGUCGUUCAAAAAAGAUCCCGAAAAACCUAAACAGGCUAAAACGGCAAAUGAUUCGGAUUCUUCCGACUGGGGUAGUGAUUCCGAUUCGGAUAGCACAUCUUCGGAUGAGGACUCCAAGUAUCAGACUCUUCGCGACCGUUUCCUGAAAAAGCCUGAGAAGAAUGUGGAUGAUUCAGCAGCUAUUCCAACUGGCGCCCUCGGGGAGGACGCAUUUAAGAAAGAGAAAAAGAAGAAGACCGCCGAUUCGUUGACCAAAAAAAUUAGGAAGCCGAAACCGGAAGAAGCGUUUGACGAAAAUGACGAAGAGGAAGAGGAAGGCUGGAAGGUGGUGAACGGAUCGAGGUCCGGCGCAUCUGAGCAGCCCAAAAUGUUCGCCAAGGAUGCCGAAAUUGACACCAAGUUGGUUGUCAAUAAGUUGAACGAGGUGAUGGCCGCUCGCGGCAAGAAGCGUACCGAUCGUAAGCUGCAGAUUGAAUUUCUACGUGAGCUGCGUGUCAUCGCCGAGGCGAAUAAUCUGGGCCCGGCAGUGGCGGCCAAGAUUCGUUUCAACAUCGUUUCGGCUAUCUUUGAUUACAAUCCAAAGGUAUCCGGCCCUAUGAAGUUGGAGCACUGGAGUAAGCUGUUAGAGGAAAUCCAAGCACUCUUGGAAUUGCUGUUGGAGCAUGAGGAAGUUCAUCUUUCCGAGUCGAUUUUGGAUGAGCUAGAAGAAUAUGAAACGGCCCCGUACAAAAUACGUGGUUGUAUGUUGACCGCCGUCGAACGUCUGGAUGAUGAGUUUACUAAGUUGCUGAAAGAGUGUGACCCGCACAGUAACGAAUACGUUGAUCGGCUGAAGGACGAAGUCACGGUGACGAACAUUAUCGAUCAAGUCGUGAAGUAUGUAGAGCGUCUAGAUAACGAAACGGAAAUCUGUCGCAUCUAUCUGCGCAAAAUUGAUCAUCUUUACUACAAGUUCGAUCCGAAUGUGUUGAAGAAGCGGAAGGGCCAACUGCCGGCCAACACGGUCACUUCGGUGGAGGAGAUGGAUAAGCUUUGUCGCUACAUCUAUGCGAAGGAUCAGACGGAUCGUCUGCGCACCCGUGCGAUUCUUUCGCACAUUUUCCACCAUGCGCUGCACGACAACUGGUUCCAGGCUCGUGAUCUCGUGCUGAUGUCGCAUCUGCAGGAAACGAUUCACCACUCCGAUCCAUCUACGCAGAUACUUUACAAUCGCAUGAUGGCCAACCUGGGACUGUGUGCGUUCCGUCACGGCAACAUUAAAGAUGCUCACCUUUGCCUGGUCGAUCUGAUGAUGACUGGCAAGCCGAAGGAAUUGCUUGCCCAGGGAUUGGUACCACAGCGUCAGCACGAGCGUUCGCUGGAGCAGGAAAAAGUGGAGAAACAACGGCAGAUGCCGUUCCACAUGCACAUAAAUUUGGAACUGCUGGAAUGUGUGUACCUCGUGUCGGCCAUGUUGCUGGAGAUUCCGUACAUGGCCGCUCACGAGUUCGAUGCCCGACGCCGUAUGAUCAGCAAGACCUUCUACCAGCAGCUUCGAUCUUCCGAGCGUCAAUCACUCGUUGGUCCUCCGGAGUCGAUGCGAGAGCAUGUGGUGGCGGCAGCGAAGGCAAUGCGCCAUGGCGAUUGGAACGCUUGUGCCAACUUCAUUGUGAACAAGAAGAUGAACGUGAAGGUGUGGGAUUUGUUCUUUGAAGCAAAUCGUGUGCGCGAAAUGAUGGUGAAGUUCAUCAAGGAAGAAUCACUGCGCACCUACUUGUUCACGUAUUCAAACGUGUUUGCGUCUAUUAGCGUGCCCCAUCUGGCGGAUAUGUUCAAGCUGCCGAAGAGUAAGGUUCACUCGGUGAUCAGCAAGAUGAUCAUCAACGAAGAGCUGAUGGCUUCGCUGGACGAUCCAACCGAGACGAUUGUCAUGCACCGUUCCGAACCAUCGCGCCUGCAGGCCCUCUCGAUGCAGCUCGCGGACAAAGUGACUAAUCUGGUCGACGCGAACGAGCGCAUAUUCGAGAUGAAGCAAGGAAACUUCUUCCAGCGCGGAGGCAACCAGGGUUACAACCGCGAUCGACAAAACUAUCGCAAUCAGAACCAGAACCAAAACUGGAAUAACAACCGGCGCCAGGAUAACCGCAAUCGCGGAAACCGUGGCAACCAGAACCGUGGUGAAGGACGUGACCAUCAAGGACGAGAACAGAGGGAGCAGCAACGUGAACACCGCGAGCAGCAGCGCGAGCAACGCGAACAGCAACGGGAGCAGCAACGUGAAUUUAGAGAACAACAGCACCAGCAGCGCGAUGCAAUGCGUAACGUUGAGUUUCAGAGCAAAGCCUAAACAUCGGAAAAGCUUUAUUGACACUAUAUACGAGAAAUUGUAACAUUGUCAGACGUGGUAAGGUUGUUGCAUCAAUCAUAAUAUAUUUCGAAGAGGCAUUUGCGGUUACGAGGAUCCAUUACUCUUUACCUUUGACGGCGUUUGGUUGCUUGGAAACACCACAUUAAAUUUACAAAAUAGUUACAAUACCCCAAAAAAUGCUCCACAUUGCGCGGUCUAUAUCCAUAUUUGUAAAGCGGUUCUUUACGAACGUGAUUAAGAAAGUACGAUACGGUGCCACCAUUGGGUGUAAAAAUCUUCAUCCUUUGUGGUAUACCCUCUUGUGGCACCCAUCCAAUGUGUGGCACUUGGCACCGUACCAAUGGAGCGAACAAAGUUGUUUUUAAUAUGUUCGAAAGAAAGCCUUUGUUUCUUGAAACAGA